UGAGUGAUUCGUGUAGACGAAGAGAACGCUUGCGCGUAGCCCGGGCGGGCGCGGGCAGUGCCACUGGAGCCCGGCCUGUGUCAGAGCUUCGCCCGGGACGUCGGGACGACUAGCACCACAAGCCCACAGUUUUUCAAAUUCUCCCGAAAAAAUCCCGUUAAAAUCCUCCUCCCAACUGUUCCCCUAAAUUCCCCAAAAUAUUGUUGUAAAACUAAAGUCUGAUAUCUCAUUAAAAUUAUCCGAAUAAAUUUUUUUUUCUCACCUGCAAGUGAUGAUUGUAGUGUCACAAGAUAACAAGUUACGGAUGUCAAUGCGUUACUCUCAAGGAUUAUGUGAUUGUUGAUUAUCAUGAUGUCAUGAUAUGAGGAAGAAAAUACGAGUGAAUUUAAUGUUUAAUCACGGAUGAAACGGAUGUGUCAGUGGGGGAUUGAUAAUAUGUGUCGGCAUUGGUGUUAUCACUGAGAUGUUAGCCCAGCCAUGGUCCUCGUCGUUACCAUGAGGACACCUUCCUACGUCAACUAUUACGUUUUAUGUCUUGUCUGUUGGAUUCUCCUCGGAAUAACCGGGGUGAGCACAAGAUCGCAUUCCCUAGUGCGAAGAUUUGCUGGCAUAUACCCGGGUCCCUAUUUCGACGAGAAUAGCCCGAAAAAUUGCACCGCUCAAUUGGGAACAAACGCCUUCUUACCCUGCAAAGUGCGCCAGCUGGGCAACAAAUCGGUAUCAUGGAUUCGACGUAGAGAUGCUCACAUAUUGUCAGUUGACAGGAUAAUGUUCAUCGCCGAUGAGAGAUUUCAGACGAUAUAUGUCGACGGAUCUGAUACGUGGACACUACAGAUCAAAUAUGUACAGGCGAGAGACGAGGGGGAGUACGAGUGUCAGAUAUCCACCGAACAGAAGAUGAGCCAUGUCGUGUAUCUCAGUGUCAUCGUGCCAAAAAUUGAAAUAUUGGGUGACCGUGAGAGAUUCGUGAGGACUGGUAGUACAGUAGUACUCCACUGUGUGAUAAAUCAGUCUGUCGAGGCACCGUCCUACGUGUUCUGGUAUCACCGGGGCAAAAGGCUCCUGAAUGAUCCGUAUGGCAAACUAGUCAUUCAUCAGCCGACGCCUACCGAGAACGGCUAUGACAGUCAGCUCGUUAUACACAAUGCGAGACUCGAGGACACGGGAAAUUAUACCUGCAGUCCGAGUAAUCUCGACAGUGCCAGUAUCAUCCUUCAUGUUCUCAACGGUGAGCACCCUGCAGCGAUCCAGAGAGGCAUAAGUGCAGCGCCAGGUGGUUGUCGUGCCCUUUGGUGGCUAGCAGGAUCCGUGAGUCUCUCCUCAAACCAGGGUAGACGGCUCUUUGUUCUCCUCGUUCUCCUAUCAUUGGCCCUUUUCACUUAUCAGAGAUCAAUCCGGCUCGCCUAUAUCACACGAUAAUCAUCCCCCCACCUCCCCCUGCGCCCCAUAAAUCCUGCACGAUUGAACCUUUAGAAACUCAAGAAAAAAGAGGAACAAGAAAAAUAAGAGGGGUGAAAGGAAGAGAGUAAUCAGGGAGAAAAAAAAAGUCCACAAUUUUCGUUGAGUUGUUAUUGAUGGAGGUACGUGAUGAAAAUUCACCUCGACACGCUCCUCCCUUUCUGGAUACUAAUGACGUCGCCGAGGCUCGCUGAAUGAUCAAUGGGGAUUUGGAGCCCUGAAUUUCUUUGUUUCAUUGGAAAUUAUCGUCGACAUACUGUUAAUAUGCAAAACUCCUAGAUGAUUGUGUCAAUCAUGAGUUUGGGACAGAAGAUCAUUUUGUUGUUGUUGAGAGAAUUUUGUUUUUCAAUUGUUAAGGAGGAGAUGGAUUCAAUUGUCAGUAACUUCGGGACUAGUGAUGUGGUUUGAAUGAGUCACGUGGCUGAUUCUGAAGUAUGAAAAAAUAUCUUGAAAAUGAAGGAAAUAUUAUCAUUUGUUGGAAUUAUCUUGAUCAGAUUUCGAAGUAUCGAACUUCAAAAAAAAUAUCGUCACAACUUUCCACGUGGCAAAUUCAUUUAAAAGGCCUUUAUAAUUUUCAAAUUCAUUUACUUGAUUUUGGAAAUAAAUUCCCCCAGUCACCAGGAUAUUUGCUGGACCAAAACGUUUGUUAGUGCAAUCUCCGACGGUAAUUAAGAGAAAAAAAUUAAUUGCAGAGGAAAUAAAGGGAAAUAUCUGCUGAACAUACGAGAAAAUGGUGCUGAUGGUUUUUAGAUGAAAGUUUGGAAAUUUUUGAAAAUCGAUUGAAAAUUCAAAUUUAUCCAAAAUUUCAGGGAGGAAGUCAUUGAAAUUAUCUUCUGUCCCAACUCACCCGCAAUUUAUAUCUCAAAAUGUCUUCCCCGGCAUUAGCUCUCACGAAACCACCAUCGCAAGUCAGCAUCGAUUUUGCUAUCGGGCGCGCCGGGCUUCCGUUACACGCCGGGGGCAUUUCAAUUCCACCUACACUUCCUCGAAAAAGAAGGAAUACGAGGAAGGGAUCUUUACUACUUUCAGUUUUAAACUCGAGACCUCGGACAUUAUCCCUGGGAAUAAGUUAAAAUGACUAGAUAGAAUAAGAAAUCGCGAAUGCCUGAGCGGGGAAAGUUUUAAUGGUUAAAAAGUUUUUUCGAUGAAACUUUUAUUUGAGGGGGAGGGGGGGGGAGGUGCUCAAAAAUUUAAUAUAAAGCAUGUCUUUCCCAUGGGAAAAGCUGAAUUUCUGUUAUUUUUUUCAAUUUUUCGGCGAGAUCUUUUAUCACUUAAACGGAAGACAAGUUUUGUUUUUUUUAUAUAAUUUACAUCCAUUUUCAAACAAUGUUUUUUAAUCGUUUUGUUAUUCGUGCUCGUCAAGUAAACGCAGACAAUUCCAUUUUACCCUGAUCUUCCAAAUUUCAAUUUCAUGGAAAGAAAUCCGUUUUCACCAAAAAACUUUUUCUUUUCACUCCAUUAUUUUUUUUUCGAAAAUAAAGCAAUAUUUCAAACUUGAUGACACGUAUUUUAGCAUUGGUCAAGCAAUUACAUCGGUUUAUUUAACAUUUACAAGCUGUCAUGUGGGUCAUUUAUUAUGUCCCAUUCCUCUGUCUCGAUAUUUCAUCGAUAUUAAGGGAUUCGCGUGCAGAGUCUCGACGUAAUCGCAGCAGGCUACUUCCCCCUCGGUUCUGAUCCUGAAACGUCAGUUGAUUUUUUCUACUUGUAGUACCUCUCCUCGUCUUCCGAGUGUAAUUUUUCAUUUUGAUAUUGCCCUCGCAUGCGCUGCUUCACAUUCAAUCUACUCGCCUCUGCAAUUCUUUAUUAUUCCCUCAACGUUCGUCUUUGGUGGUUUUUUUUUUAUUAUCAUAUUUGCUGAAUCACAAACCGGCAUAAUCGAGAAGUCCAGCUGGAGAGAUUGUGUUUCUGAAUAUCAAAUAUAGGGGAGUGAAAUGAUUUAUUUGAAUCGAAUAUUUUUUUGGGCGUGAAUACAUAAAAAAUUAUGCUGAUCAUCUGAUGGAGGAAGAGAUAAUGUUUGAAAAAUCUUCCAUUUAAUUUGUAAAUUAUUUAAUGGAAAUAGAAAAAAAAUCAAUUUGAUUUUUGCAGAAUAUCUCGAACGUGUGUCAAAAUAUUUUUCGUAGCUCACGAAAUUCUAUACAAAAAAUGUGGGCUGGUUGAUCUCGCUAUUGCCUUUAAAUUCUGAGAUAUUUAUCUUUGAGCAACUCACUUUGGACAUUGAGGAAAUAAAAAACAUAAAUGUUAUAAAAAUGUUACUUCUCAAUCUUCAAUAUCUCGAAAUCAAUUUUAGCCAGAAAAAUCUUCGUGAAAUACUUCUGUCUCUCCAUUCUAUGAUUUUUUGCAAUUCGAGAUAUUCAGCAAAAAAUUAAAUUUAUUUAAAUUAGAUUAUAAAAUCUUCACAUCGAUCCGAAAGCCGAAUUUAAGAUGGCAUUUGCAUUCGCCUCAAAUAAAAAAUUUCCGCCCUAAAAUCAACAGCAACAUAAACAGAGACGAAAUGAAUAAAAUUACUAGUCUGUCCACUUGUAAAUAAACAAGAUAACCCGAUGGAAAAAUACUUAUGCCCAGGGGGUUGUUUACAGAGUAUAAUAUUUUAUCGAUGAAACAUUUUCAGAUAUAUACGAAUCAUAAAAUUCCCUAAAUAAAAAUAUCAUCUCUCGUUGGAGAAUUGAAACUUGUUCGAUCAUUAUUAAUAAUUGACAUUAUAAUUGUUGUAGAAAAUAUAAAAAAAACUAUUGCAGUGUACCUACUCGACGUCCACUACCCUAGCUUGUCGUCUCGACCGAAUAAAUAAUUAGUAAUUAAUAAAAGAAAAAUAAAAUAAAUUAAUCACCACUGAAUUGAUUAAUGAAUUCAGAAAAUAUGAAUAAAUGAAGUAUAAAAUUAUUUAAAAAAUACGAAUUAAUCACAUCUCGAGGAAUUUAUCACCGUCAGAGACAAUAAAAAUUCUCAGAUAUGAUUAAUUGAAUAAUUAAUAAACUCGAGACGAUGAGCAUUAAAUUGUGGUCGAUGUUUCAUUUAUGAAAUGACCAUUGAGUAUGUACAUUCUCACACGUUGAUCCUCAUUAUGCAUUUAUACACCAUUGUAUUGAAUUAAUGUCCACAGAGGGAUGAAUUAACUGGUGAAUAUGCGAGAAAGUGGGUGUCAAUGACGCCAGCGUAAAUAGGGGAUGAAGUAUUGAGUUGUAUUCAGGUUUUUGUUUAAUGGUAAUUCAACAGUCCUGAUUCAUUAAUUACGUCACACACUUGGAUUUCAUUAUUGAUAUUCGGGAUAAUGCUAGAGGAUUUGGGAUGCACAAGGGGGUUGCAUUUGUGGAGGAACGUAAUGAAUAUAAAUGUUUAUUCGCGGGUGGAGAAUAUCCGUAAUUUUAUUUACGAUUUAGUUCAAAGUGAUUGUAGUCAAUUAUUUGGGAAAUACAUCGAAGCAAAUGUUAGAAUUUUUUAUUACAUUUUUUAAUUCACGGUCAAACGAUGGUGAGGGUUAAACGAUUUCGAUCGAUGUUUCGGGUCGAGAAUUAAUUUUGAGGGCUUUCAAAUGAUGCAGAAUUGAAAAAUUAUCAAAACAAGUAAUUGAUCGUCAAUUAUUCAAAAAUGAAUCAUCUAACCAUUUUAAAUUUUUUCGCGAAUCGGGAGGGGAAUGUUUCUUCUCCGGAAUCGUAUUGUUUCAAUCUCCUACUACGCAACUUGUUCUUUGAUGUAUAAAAGAGCCUGAAAAAUAAUAAACAAAAUUAUUCAAAAAUUCACUUCCACAAAUGUACAUCGUCCCCCUCAAAAAACCGUCGAAUCUUCCCUGCAUUAUUUACUUAACGUGAUAUUACCAUCAAUUCGCGAGAUUUUGCGAAUUUUUUGAUAAAUCAUAUAUACAAAAACCUAUUGCAUAAUAAUUAAUUAUCGCGAGAAGGAAUUUGAAAGAUAUAAGUCGAGUGCCACCAGGAAAAUUGAACAAGUUUCAGCUCAGAGAUGCGCGAGAGACGUAAAUUAAGAAGAGAAAAAACCUCUUUAAAUAGAGAAAAAUCCACGAAAAAUCUCCAAUUUAUAUAAUAAUGAUAAUAAUAUUCUCCAUUAAAAAAAGGGAUUGAGUUUUGCGUGCCUCGGAGGUAGAAAUCGUGCCAGAAAAUAAUCAAGGAAGAACAACAUCUGAAAUAAAAAUGAAAAAAAAAAAUGAGGAACAUUAUACGAACGAUAUUUAGAUUACCUACGGAUUCAUGUGAUUGUCUGUAAAUAAUUAGUUAUAACUACCAUUAACUUAAUUACGAUAUACCGUACGUGUUACACUAAAUCUAAUGUUAAUGUGUAAUUUCUGAAUCGUAUAAAAGGUGAACGUACGUUUUUUUUUCGGGGGGAAAUGAACUUUGAGAGAGGCUAAAAAUAAUAAUAAUUCUAUCAUAACGUAAAAUGGGAAUAAUAAUGAAAAUAUGUCUGGCCGCCUGUGCUAACCGAUAAUAUCAGCUUAAAGUAUUGUGAGGUUUUAAUUAUUCAUAGAUACGUUUAUUCUUGAGAAGUAUUGAUUGUUGUUGAUUGUUGUUAAAGGAGGUCAUGCUCAUGAUUUUGGAAAUUUUGGUUUUUAUUUUCAACUUGAGGAGAUGACAUUGUAUGUUGUGAUUGUUUGAUCAGAUUUUGUCUCCAAGACGUGGCUUGUAUUUUGCUCCAUGCAAACGACUCGAGAGUUAUUGAUUUGAUGGUGCGAUUGAUGAUUGACACGAUGACAUAGAAAUUCACUUAAUUCUUGAUGAUGCUCAGUGGUUUCAAAUGCGAGUGAAACUAAUAUAAUUGCAAAAUAUAAUUUUAUUGCUAAUUAAUAACAAAAAUAGAAAUUUAAUCGAUUGAUGAAUUGUUUAACGAACAUUCAGAUUCAUUUUGCUGAUUAAAUUUCUGUUAAAAAAAUAUUAUUAUUGCGUCCAAAAAUUAAAUAAAAAUCGUAAACCUCAAUGAGAAUUUCCCCAAAAUUUCCACGAUUUCUCAGAGAAAUUGAGAAGAAAAUAAAUUUAAAAUGUCAUAAAAAACGACUGAGGAUAGCACGGGCCGGCCACACACUCUAGCCGUAACACUUAAUUAAAGCCUAGUCCCUAAGUAAAUAAAAACUCAAGAGAAACUAGAGAAAAUGCUGAAUACUGUCCGAUAUUGCCCAGCGUGAGUAAAUGAGAGUAGAGGAUGAAAAAAUAAUGGACUAGAGUGGAAGAGUAAAAAAAAACUAAGUUUGUUGGACUGACGUCAUCGUUGGUCGAAUGACGACACAUCAAUGUGAACAAAAGGUGUGACCUGGACCAAUUCAAUUAUUUUCCCUUUAUUUACACAGAGUUUUCCCUUUCUUGGGUGGCCGUGGGAUGGUGUCCCAGCGUAUGCCACACGAGAACGCCUGGGAAACACCAGUGAAUCGUCCUUGUCACUCCUUUGAAACGAAUUAAUGAAGAAUAAAUAAAAUAUAUAUAAUAUAUAUAUAAACAAUUCGUCUAGGGUAUCGUAGCAGCAUUGAAUUUUUGUACCAAUGUCUAUUGUAGUUAUUAAAAACCGCCUUCUGUUGAUUGAAAAAUUUAUAACAUGACAAAAUUGAGAGAAAUUUGAGGAGAUUCCGGGGGUGAAUGGAACAAGUAAGAUUAUUUGUGGAAAAUUUGUUAACUAUGAGAAAACUCUCUCCGAGAGUGAGUUAUCAUGAGAUGAUUAACAACUGGAGGGAAAUAGUAUAUUGUUUUUGUCACUUUUUGGGAUAUUUUAAACGUUAACCCAUCUCAGCGGUGAAAUAUUUAAGGAGACGAUACGUUAAAUCAUUUCUGUAGAGAAUUUUAUGAAAUUUUCUCAUAGAACGACUCACCAUCAAGAUAAUAAUAUAAUGGCGAAAAUGAAAAAUAUCGACUGUGAAUAAUAUCUAUCACCUCGACUUAUUAUUUCUCCCUAAAAAGUUCAGUUUUAUGAAAAAAAUGUUAAGGAAUAUUUAAAGAAAAUUUUCUGUUGAGUGAAAAAACUUGUAAAAUUCUCCUCUAAAAUUACUCUUUUAACGACUAAUUGACACCUAACAAAUAUAACAAAAAUACAUUUGCGAAAAUUCACUUUUGUGUUGUUUGUCCAUUCAAACGAUGCUUCGUCAAUGAAUGAUUUUAUUAUUUAAAUAUGUAGAAAAAUGAGCAAUUAGCAAGUGUGAAAAUCCUACCCCCGAAUCAAUUUUCUUCAUUUCUUUCAAUUUUCUUUACUGCGUGCUUGGAGCUCGAAACUCGCUCGUUCGUUUUCUCCCAAAACGUUAAUAAAAACGAGAGUGACAGAGAGAUGGUGAAGAGUAAAAAAAUCAUAUCGUCGUGCGAAGUUUCGGGAUCGACUGAUGUAUUUGAAGAUAAAUUUAUUUCCCUUUAACACGUGCACUACGAUCCGUCUUGUGUCGCAGGCUCUUCGACGAAUACUCAAGAGUAUAACGAAGUUAAGAAGUAAAAAUAAAAUGUGUGUAUGCGAGAAUACGUCGAAAUUGCUCCACUGAUUGCCUCGAUAAUUGUACAGAAGCGCAUUGCUUUAGUUAAUGGGAGUAUUUCAAUAAUUUUAAACCUAUUAUUAAUAUUGCAGAUCAUUGUAAAUAAAUGGAGUACAGUAAUACUUUAUGAAUUAUUGGAAAAACAAUUUCUAGAAAUGAGGAAGCGUAAUUGCAGACAUUCUGAUUUUUAAAAAUAAUUUUCCAUUUUUCUCGAGAUUUUUUUUUCAUCAGGAAAUAUCUUAGAGCCGUUUCUGGUGACAAUUUUUCAACAAAAAUUAUUUGUUAUCAAGACAAGUCAACAUUUUCGAGAAGGUGGAGCGAAAUAUAAAAUUAAGAUGAAAGGCACUUGUUGAUUUUUUUUUGGCUUUGAGAAUUAAACGAAACUUGAAGAGCUCUACAAUCGACGGUCAAAGGUCAAUUGAAAAACAAGAUGUGCUCAAAGUCACAUGGCCCUUAGGAUCCUCAAUAUUUUAUGGAAAUUACAUAAAAAUAUAAAAUCAAAUGAGCCUGGACGUUUUAAGGUGAAUGUUGGAUAAUCGUUUAAGUUAAAAACGCUUAAUAAUAUUGAGAGUGGAGCUUUAAACGAUCAUAAGGGCCACAAUACCCAUACCAACAUGUACAAUUCAGGCUCACGUGAUUUUGAAAAUGAAAGGUCUAUUGAAAAAGUUUACGGUGAAAAAUCUUUCAGAGGAAGUCACGGUUCAAAUGACCGUGAAAAAUGUACAAGUUGUGGAUCAUAUGAUUCUGAGGAUCAUUUGACCCUAAACUCAAGGUCUGUGUGACCUUUACAAUAGUCAUAAGAAUCGAGGCACCUCCAUACCAUUCGAACUUUACCUAAAAUGAAAUUUUUCGAAAAAUUUCGCUCCGGCCUCCUCUUUGAAAGGAUUAAAAAUCAACUCUUAACAAUUUCACAUUCAGCCACUGAAUUUCUCCAGUUCCUUCAAUUUUUCAUACUUUCCUAGACAAGUAUCUACCAAAGAGUAUUAUUUAUUUUUUUAGAAUGAAGAGAGUCCGUUGAGAAUUUUCAACAAAAUGAUCUAUCGAAAAAAAUCCACUGCGAGGUGAAAGCGAAAACAUUUUCUUGAAAACUCUUUUAUUGACAACUUCAUCGAUUGAGAAAAAGUCCGUACAAAAAUUUCUCUAUCAUUCAUCCAUUCUGAGAUGUAAAAAUAUACACAAAGUAACUCGAUCUCUCCGGAUACUGAUUUCAUUAAUUACCCAGUCUGACUUAAUGAGAUUCAAAUAUUCGACGUGUCCUCGUACAGUUGACGAGUAUACGUCGAAAAAUCAUAUCACCCUGGCUCACAAAACCAUUGACCGAGGUGUAAUGUCACAAAGUAAAUCAAAUUCCCCCAGAAUCCUGAGUCUGGAGCUUCGAGACGAGAGAAGUUAAUAGUUGACGAUAUUUACGAUACUCAAAACAUCGUUAAUCUGCAUUGACCGAGAGAUUUUUCCUACCCUCGACCGUUUGACGAUAGGAUUUGCUCGAUUAUUCUCACUAAUUAUUCGAAUAAUUGAAUAAAUUCCAAAAUCACCCCCCCCCCCCUCCCAGCAAUUGAAGAAUCCUUACCAUAAAUGGAAUUAAAUUGUCAAGUGGGCGAUCAUGUGGGAAAAAUUGUUGAUAAACUAAUGAUUAAGUGAAUAAUGAAUUAAUGCAGUUGAUUGGCUACUCGAAGCGGUCUUGCCUCGUGGAUUUUAACGGUUAAAUUCACGAGGUGACACUGAGACUCUCGGUUUUUAGCGAAUGAUAUAAGAAGAAUAAAUUGAAAUAAUGGAGAGAAUGAACUAUAAAUUACAAUAAUAAUUUGUAACGUGUGAAGGAAGUGAAUGGAUGAGAAUCUAUUGUUGAAUGAAAAUCACUGCAUUCGCUAAAGAAAAAUGAAAAUAUUCACUUCAUUCACUUUGUUAAGAGCCUGAAAAUAAUUUCCAUGCCAUUUGAUAUUCGAUACAUCGAGUGAUUUUUUUAAAUGAAUUAAGACUCUACCUUUAGCCUCUCCUCCAUCGCAAGUUCCCCUUUAAUCGCGAUUUUUAAUUUCUUAAAUUUUUUUAAAGGAAGGAGCAAACAAUAAUUGAAAUUAACGAUGGAGUGGCUUGACUGGUAGACUCGAUUCGUCGAUUGAUAUUUUUAAUUAUUAAAGAGUUAAAUAUCUUAACACUGAAUAUGAGCGAUCGAGGAUAUCUUGGAUUUUAUUUGGAAUAUUGUGGCAAAUAUAAGAAGAUUCAUGAGGAGGGAGAAGAACGCCCAUUCUAUGUGUAAGAACAUACUGCUUAAUGAAGAACAUUAUACUAUGAACAAGAAGAAAUGAAAAAAAAGUGGAAAAUUAUGGAAUACUAAUAAAAGUAAGCCAAAACUGUU